GCUGCGUCGCUGAAGUCAGCGCACACGCCGUGAGGGGGCGGAGCCAGCGCGUGCACGGCCCCCGCGUGUGCCCCUGACUCGUCUUCUCCGCCAAGAUAGCAGCGAGCGAAAGCGCGGCGAGGCGGGCGGAGGGGGAAAAAAAAAAGAAAAAAAAGCAGCCAAACUCGGACGGACCCGGAGAGCUCGUCGGCGGAACCACGGCGGGGUGGAGAAGAAGAAGAAGAAGGAGAAAAAAAAAGGUGGCGGAGGGGAGGUCGGGGACGGCUUACACUUGGACGUGAGCGACACCACCCGCCCCCCCCACCCCCCAGCACCAGCACCUCCAGGACCACCGUGCCCCGCCGGACCGAGCUACCGAAAGAACAACCUGACCUGAGACCUGGUUGGUGGACCGAGAAGCGGGAUGAGUUGGGAACGUUCAGCAGCGAGCGCGGUGGAGCACUGAGGGCGGAGACCAGGCGGACGGUGCCACGCGAGAGACCCCAGGAAAUAAUUAGCCGUGCCGGCACACACGAAACGACUGACCGGACCCUUCUCUCUCCUGCACACCUGUGAGGUCCGCGCCAGCCGUCAGGCCCCGCCCCUAGCGUCCCAGGCGCCGCGCUCGGGGACGCUCGCGAGGGGCCCCGCUCCCUCCCUCGCCGCCGUCCCGAGACGGCGGGAACCGGGACCCUGUCAAUUUUCGGCAACUGACCCCUCCCGAGCGGCGAAUGACAAGCGUGCAUCCGAGGGCGGGGCUUGCCUCAGUCUCUCGUGAUUGGCUGCUGGAUGGAAUUAAGGUGAAUGGAACACAUGCCCAAGGAGGAAGACCCUAACCUACAAGAGAGCGAGGAGAAACGGUGGCUCAAUGGCCCGAAGAGGAAGAGGAAGAACAGCCAAUGUUCGGUGAAGAGCAUGACGGGGUACAUCCCCAGCUACCUGGAGAAGGAUGAGCCAUGCGUGGUGUGUGGCGACAAGGCCACAGGUUACCACUACCGCUGCAUCACCUGUGAGGGCUGCAAGGGUUUCUUCCGCAGAACCAUCCAGAAGAACCUGCACCCCAGCUACUCGUGCAAGUACGAAGGCUGCUGCAUCAUCGACAAGAUCACGCGCAACCAGUGCCAGCUGUGUCGCUUCAAGAAGUGCAUCGCCGUGGGCAUGGCCAUGGACCUGGUGCUGGACGACUCCAAGAGGGUGGCCAAGCGGCGCCUCAUCGAAGAGAACCGGGAGCGCCGCAAGAAGGAGGAGAUCGUGAAGACGCUCCAGAACCGCCCCGAGCCCACCGGCUCGGAGUGGGAGGUGAUCCACAUGGUGACCGAGGCCCACCGGCACACCAACGCUCAGGGUUCCCAGUGGAAACAGAAGCGCAAGUUCCUGCCGGACAAGAUCGGCCAGUCGCCGGUGGCGCCCACGUCGGACGGCGACAAGGUGGACCUGGAGGCCUUCAGCGAGUUCACCAAGAUCAUCACUCCCGCCAUCACGCGCGUGGUGGACUUUGCCAAAAAACUGCCCAUGUUCUCCGAGCUGCCGUGCGAGGACCAGAUCAUCCUGCUGAAGGGCUGCUGCAUGGAGAUCAUGUCGCUGAGGGCCGCCAUGCGCUACGACCCCGAGAGCGAGACGCUGACGCUGAGCGGCGAGAUGGCGGUCAAGCGCGAGCAGCUGAAGAACGGCGGGCUGGGCGUGGUGUCGGACGCCAUCUUCGACCUGGGCAAGAGCCUGGCGCAGUUCAACCUGGACGACACGGAGGUGGCUCUGUUGCAGGCCGUGCUGCUCAUGAGCUCAGACCGCUCGGGCCUGACGUGCAUGGAGAAGAUCGAGAAGUGCCAGGAGACGUACCUGCUGGCGCUGGAGCACUACAUCAACUACCGCAAGCACAGCCUCCCCCACUUCUGGCCCAAGCUGCUGAUGAAGGUGACCGACCUGCGCAUGAUCGGCGCCUGCCACGCCAGCCGCUUCCUGCACAUGAAGGUGGAGUGUCCCAACGAGCUCUUCCCGCCGCUCUUCCUGGAGGUCUUCGAGGACCAGGAGGUGUGACGGGCACGGGGGAGGGGGGUGGGGAGACUCACUGGCGUUGUACAGAAAAAACAAACAAAAAAACUGGAAGCGACUCUCGCCGGCAGG